AUGCCCGAUUUCUCAUUAGACGACGAUGACCGAGGGUCGAAUGCCAGCUCUGACAAUGAGCAAGACGAAUUGAUGGACGAUGGAGAAGACCUGGAACCUGAUGUAGAUCAAGAUGGUGAAGCGGAGGGGGACGAUGACGAUAACGAAGAUGACAAUGGAGACGACGACCAGGACGAAGACGACGAUUCUCCUGACCAACCCUUAUCUCAAGUUCGGCGGCCAAGUUUGCCAACCACGAACACGAGUUCUGGCGAUUCUCCCAUUAUAAAUCAGAGCAAUGGUGUAGGACCAACAUCACAUCCUCGACCUACGGUGACGCGGACCUCAGCAUCCCCACGGCAGCCUUCUGUUCAUGCUCAAGCUCCACGUAUGCGAUAUGAGGUUCGACCGGAGGCUCUCACGGCUCCAAUAUAUGAUAUUGUGCCAACUAUGGCGGCUCCUCAAAGUACGUCCAUUAAUGCGAUAACAGCGACGCCAGAUAUGAGAUACUGGUUCACAGGAGGGUCAGACUGCUAUGUACGAAAGUACGACGGUGUUGCGACGAUCAAUGGCAAGACCUUGUUGACUGUGGCUCAGCGACAUCCGUUCGUAGACAGCGUGGUUAAGGCUGGCGUUCUGAUGACAUAUUGGGAUAAUGAAGAGCCUACUGCAAAAGUCCCGGGAGAAGACCCGCCAUUGUCCCCUGUCUACUCGCUAGCGGUUCAAUCCCAAGCACUUUGGAUGCUUUCUGGUCUUGAAUCGGGUUGCAUAAACCUUUAUUCAGUAAGACACGACGAAGGAAAACGUAUUGCGUACAUGCAAAAGCACAAGUCAGCGGUAUCCGUACUAGCUCUCGCACAAGAUGAGAAGUCGGUCUUGUCAGGAAGCUGGGACAAAAAUGUCUUCGAUUGGGACUUAAAUACAGGACAAGUCAAAAGGUCCUUUGAAGGUAGUGAUGGCCAAAUUUCUGCUAUUGAGGUGCGGCCGGCUUCAAGUCUGCCUGUGCCCGAGGAAUCAGGAGAGCCCAUACAAACAAAUGGCACCUUUUCCGGUAGCGACAAACCUCAUACCAACGGCAUGGCAAAUGGGACAGCGAACGGUACCACGGAGGGAGACAAUGCAGAAGACGGUCAUAAUUCACCUAAUGAUUCUCUCUUUGGUGGCGGCAGUGAUGACAACUCUCUGUUUGGAGAAACGGACGGAGUAGGUGCACCAUCUGGUGGUAACUUCGGUGACGAGGAUGAUGAGUUUUCUAGAGCAAUCGGAAUGGAUUUGGGUGACACUCAACCCGUUGAUACCACAGGGGAUAUCGAGAUGGGGGACGCUACUGCGGAUGCGGCGCCAAAAGUUGAGCCAGCGCCUGAACAGCAAGAUGAUUCCAAGAACGAGCCGGAGAAUCAGAUAGUGUUUGAAGACUCAAAACCAGUAAAUCAGGUCGUUGAAACACAGGACGCAGAGGCUACGUCCGAUUCGACGUUCCUCGCAGCUUCUAUCAAUGGUACACUUCGAGUCUGGGAUAGACGACAACAAACACCAGUCGCAAAAAUCCCAAUCAGAACCGGAGUUCCACCAUGGUGUAUGGCGGCAUGCUGGUCGCCAGAUGGAAAUUAUAUAUACGCCGGCCGAAGGAACGGUACGGUUGAGGAGUUUAGUCUGCAUAAAGGACUCAAAAAUGCAGAACGAACAUUCAAGUUUCCUCAGGGUAGUGGCGCAGUGAGUUCGGUAAGGGCGAUGCCGAACGGGAGACACCUGAUUUGUGCUUCGCAUGAUAUUCUCCGCUUGUACGACCUAAAGGAGCAAGCGGCUUUCAAGCACUCAACUGUACCGUUUCUUAUCGUACCUGGCCCUCCGAGGGCAGGCGUCAUCUCUGCGUUACAUAUCGAUCCAACCUGUAGAUAUAUGCUCUCUGCGGCGGGCAACCGUGGAUGGGAAGGAAGCAGCACCGAAGUGUUAAUCGGUUAUGAGAUUGGAAUUCCUUCUGCAUAA